UGUGUAACCUCCCCUACCAUAAACAGGGGUCCCAGGCCGUCAAAGUCAUAGGGCGUAUCAGGACCCCGGACUACAGAGACGUGUACAGGGUGAUCACAUACCCACACAUCUGGAGGCUCCUUGGUUGCAAACCCUCCCUGAGGAGCCCUGAGGCGAGUGGUCGGAGAGCGUCGGAGGAUGCGUGGGGCGCUAGGGAAUCAUCCCCCCAACUGCUGGUCGGUCCUCACAUUUUCUUUGCUGGCCGAAGAAGUACCCAAGCCCUUAGACCGUAGAACGAUCCGUUCAAAUCUCGCAUCCUCGUCGUUCAUUUCUUCGACUACUCAUACUUGUUACUUCUUAUUCCAUUUUUACCUCAUCAUCAACAUGCGUUGCAAUUUCGUCACCUGGUUUGUUCUUGGGCUUGCCACGGUUGUGUAUACUGCCCCAGUAGAUGGCUUGGCUUCUAUGGCAUCUUUGGAGACCCGUAGUGUCGCGGUCGUCUUUGAAUUCGCAGACCAGCAUGCCGCGGAAGCUGUGCCGUCGAGAUUCCGUCUGCCAUUUACGAGUAGUAAGGCUAUAAAGGACAAGACAGCAGAGUUGUCAGCUCAAUCAACAGUCAAAAAUUUAUUACAAACUUUGGGCUUCGAGGGUCAAUUGAAACCAGACUCCAUUUUUGGUGGCACCUCUCACCAAGCUGAGGGCCGAAUUGAUUUCGUCGCUCCGAACGUUCCGGGAUUUAAUGGUCCCUGCCAGGGAUGGGCAACACCAAGCGGAAAUGGAGAAUUACAUGGGGACAAAGGUGGAAAAACAGAAGUUAUAUCUGUUGAGAAUGGCGUGAAAAAGGUUAAAGGGUCAUAAAUUGUCGGAGGAACUGCAUCAGAACUGCAUCAAAGUUUGCUCUGUCUUGAUUGUGACCU